ACUGUCAGAGCUCGAGGGACGAAACGAAGGGUUCGUUUCCGUUUGUAGGCUGCGGAAACCGAGUUUCACAGAGCUACACAAGCCGAACAGAGACCGAUUGGAGCUCGAUCCUACGACCGAGAGGAGGAAAGAGGACAGUAAUUGAGGAAGACCUUGUAAUCAAAAUACCGUCCAAAUUUACACUAAUAUUACACUUUAAUAGCACUCAAACCCAGUGCCUGCGAAGAUGGGAGACAAGGCGGGGACCAGAGUCUUCAAGAAGUCCAGCCCCAACUGCAAGCUCACAGUAUACCUGGGGAAGAGAGACUUUGUGGAUCACCUAGACCAUGUAGAUCCAGUGGAUGGAGUGCUACUCAUAGACCCAGAAUACCUAAAAGACAGAAAAGUCUUUGUGACUCUGACCUGUGCGUUCCGAUAUGGUAGAGAGGACCUGGACGUUCUGGGCUUGUCCUUUAGGAAAGACCUCUAUAUCUCCACCUUCCAGGCCUUCCCUACCCUCACCACAGAGGAAGGUAAACCACUCAGCCGGCUGCAGGAACGACUGCUGAAGAAACUAGGCCAGCACGCCCACCCAUUCAGCUUCACUAUCCCUCAAAACCUGCCCUGCUCAGUCACUCUACAGCCAGGACCAGAGGACACAGGGAAGGCCUGUGGAGUAGACUUUGAGGUCAGAGCCUUCUGCGCUAAGACUGUAGAGGAGAAGAUACAUAAAAGGAACUCAGUGCGUCUGGUGAUCCGUAAGGUGCAGUACGCCCCAGAGAAGCCUGGUCCUCAGCCCAUGGUGGAGACAACACGAUCCUUCCUACUGUCAGAUAGAUCCCUACACCUAGAGGCCUCCCUGGAUAAAGAGCUCUACUACCAUGGAGAACCUAUCAGUGUGAAUGUCCAUGCGACCAACAACACUACCAAAACAGUCAAGAGGUUGAAAAUCUCAGUUCGCCAGUAUGCUGACAUUUGUCUAUUCAGUACGGCUCAGUACAAGUGUCCUGUUGCACAGGAAGAGGCAGAUGACCAGGUGUCCCCCAGCAGUACGUUCUGUAAGGUGUACACCCUGACUCCCACGCUUACCAGCAACCGAGAAAAGAGAGGCCUGGCUCUGGAUGGCAAGCUGAAGCACGAAGACACCAAUCUGGCCUCCAGCACUAUAGUGAAAGAUGUGUCCAAUAAGGAGGUUCUGGGGAUCCUGGUGUCCUACAGAGUCAAGGUCAAACUAGUGGUGUCUCGCGGAGGGGAUGUCUCGGUGGAGCUGCCUUUUGUUCUAAUGCACCCCAAACCCUCUGACCUACCCAUCUCCAGACCUCAAUCAGUCGUCCCAGAAACAGAUGCCCCAGUUGGCAGUAACCUGAUAGAGUUUGAGACAAAUAAUUUCUCUCAGGAUGAUGACUUCGUGUUCGAGGACUUUGCCCGUCUGCGGCUGAAAGGAACGAAGGACGAUAAGGAUGAGGAUGACCACUUGUGCUAGCUCUCCCUCUCCCAGGAUCAUGCACCUGAACCUGGGGAGAGGUGCUCGGCGAGUCCCUGGUCUCAUGUUGUCUCCAGGCCAGUAGGCUCAACUUCAGAAAGGGGGAGCAGGAGCACUCAUAUGUAUUCUAUUUUUCACCCCCCCCCCCUCUACUUCUCCUUCUUCUUCUCUCUUCUUUCUUGUACAUCUUUGAUGAGAUUUUCCAUUUCUACUCCUUUGUUUUGUCACGAGUUUGUUUGAGAAACAGAGAGAAUGAGGGAUGAAACAGAGAGAAUGAGAGACAGAGAUGGAGGGAUUUAUAGGAGUGUCGAAUCCACAGUCUCUGUUUUAGGAAAUCCUUCUAUAAGUUUUGGAUCCAUUCUUUGAUUCAGGGUUGAUGUUCUAUGUUCUAUAUGCUCUAUAGGUCCCAGCUUUAUAAGAAGUGGGUAGA